AUGCCCCUGCCCGAAUUCCUAACAAACACACCCCUUCACCCAUCUUUUGAUCGGGACAUCCGGGACACGCACCUGAUCUACGACUAUGACGCACAGGAUGCGGACGGCAACCCGGAAAAGUGGCGGUACGAGAUGUGGUUCUUCUCCGAGGACAAGAUCAACUAUGCCAUCCACGGCGGGCCCAUGGCCGGCAGGAUAAACUACCAGACGUGCCAAUAUCAGUGCAUCCGCCCAGGCGAGCUUUGGCAAUGCUCAUGGCUGGAGGAAACCGGGACGGUGUGCUCUCUGGUGUACGACAUCCCGAACAGGAAGAUUUCGACUCUGAUUUCUUUCUCAAAAGGUCACUGGGAGCAUCCUCAGGAGGCGCACGGCGACAAAAGGAAGCCGGAGGACUUUGAGCGCUGGAGGGGUCUUGCGAAGCUGGGCCACCAAUCAGAGAGGUUCAUGUUGUCUGAGCAGGCAGACAUCAAGGAGGCUUUCAAGGGUGCAGGAGACCUGAUACCUAUUGAGCGGGACGUUAUAACGAUAUGA